UCUUCUCGAAAAGUUGAAAUCUAAGCAAAUCUUCAAUCUUGGCGCCUUGUUUGUUUUGGUUGAUAGCUGCUUGAUAGUUGUUUGAUACAGUUUGGACAGUUUCAGUACUUGUCAUGGAGAAAUCUGUUACUUCUCAAGAUGUCUUCGACUCACACACGAGAAUGUUUGAGUUUUAUGAGUACCCACCUCGAUUUCUGGUUGAUCAGGUUCACAUGCUAUUUAUUGAACAAAUACGUGAAGCUAUGAAAGCCACGAGUGAUAAAAUGAUUGAGCUGUUUCCAGACAGAGAGGAAGACAUUCAAAAAUCAUUUACAUCAUUUUCAACUGCUCUACGCAGUGACAUUAAUAAGACAAUGAGGAGAUUUCAGAGAUAUUUUAAUAGAAACUAUUGCUUACCAAAGAAUGUGCCCAGUGAGGAGAAGACAAAAGGAACCAUGCUUGGAAGAGAUUUCAAAGAAAAAAUUAAUGAAUUGUAUGAAGAAAUUCUCACUACGGAAUCCUUCAAUGAUAUGAAAAGAGAAGAGAUACCUCAGAUAGAAGAGCAGAUCUUGAUUAAGGAAUCAGCAAAGAAAGAGAUAACAGAAAUGAAGAAGCAAAUAACAACGCUGCAAGAAAUGAAUGUACUAAACUAAUACCAUCAUUUAAUAUUAUAAUUAUAAUUAAAACAAGAUUCCUUGAUUAAAAUAA